AUGAAAGAGCGAAGUUUCAAAAAGGGCGAAGCUUUUAGAGCCCUCUUCGACAAAGUGUCGGGAAAACGGGCAGGUAAAUACAAAAACGACAUCGCAGAAGAUCGUACUGUGUACCCCACAGAGCAACUGCGGGUACUCAACGAGCGUUACCACAAAAGCUGUUUCCGCUGUAGUGCAUGUGGCCUCCUCCUGACUCUGCGCACCUAUAUAUCACGAGAAAGUGUCCCAUUUUGCCAGGCUCACGCGCCACCACUGCGAUCAUCGGCAAUCGUAGACACGCCCGUUAUGCAGGUGGCUGCCAAAAGCCAGCAACUCGUGUCGCAGUUCCACUACCAGAAGGAUCUCGAGGAAGUCAUUCGGGGGCAUGCUCUAUCGGUGGUUGAUGACAUAGAGACAAUGCGAGUAAAGAAAAUGGGCAAACUUAUAUCUGACGUUUCGUACACGGGAAUCCUUCGGCGAAAAAAGAACAUGGAGGAAAAGCGGGAAACUACAGAACUGGUCAAACGGCAGUCGUCAUCCUCAUUUGGCACGACAGCACUUUUGUACAAUGCUUUUAACGGACGUCCAGUAACAUUAAGCAACAUUGAGCCGAACCAAGAAAUAGGAUCCAUCGCCGACUUCGAACCUUAUUACGAUGAAGAUGAAAAACCUAUCUACACUUUGACUAGAUACGUGUCUGGUUCCAGUUCGAAUUGCUGGCGGAAUCUCAUUUAUCACUCUAACGGUUCAAACACAUGUGGAGCGCGUAGCGUCGAUAGCAGCACACCUGAAUCCGAUGGAUCCUCACUGUUGCCGUCGCGACCUACGUGCGUAUCCACGGGUCGAGUUUAUCGUGCUGUAUAUGCUUACGACGCUCAGGAUCCAGAAGAAGUCAGCUUCGACGAAGGCGACCUUCUCAUUGGCUGCACUACGAUCCAGUCCGGAUGGACAACGUGCACCGUUCAGAGAACGGGCCGACGGGGGUUAGCUCCAGCGAUCUACAUCAAGCCCGUAUGAGAGCAAUAUUCACAAGUUUUUCGAGCGUCUGUCAACAAAUUGUCAUUGCAACGAUGAAGGCACACGUCAGAAUUGAAGUUUCCGUAUGCCAAAGUAUUGUUCUCGUUGUUUUCAGCCUUAUUUCAUGGCCUAUUCUAUAAAUGUUAGGGUAUGCAAGCAAACAUAUUCCUUAAGAAAUUUAGUGAUUUCUUAAGGAAUAUGUUUGCCCCACUGAUAAAGGUACUAUUAACUGAAGUCAACGUUAAGCUCUGUCUAAUAUUGAUAUUUAUAUGCAAUGGGUACAUCAAAUGCAAUAAUAAAUCGAAGACGUAUUAGGUGGAUGUGCUACGCCCCCGCAGGCAAAGCACAUAAACGGUGCGUCGUGUGCCGAUGAGCACUUGACUUGUUCUCAAAAACUGUCUUUUUUUAACUUAAUUUUAUGGUAAAAAAUUUA